AUGAAGAGAACUCGUUUCUAUGAUUUGAAGUAUCCAUUUGAUCCAUGCCCUUUCGAGAUCUUCUGCUCGAAUACAUGGAAAGCUGUGGAAUACAUAAGGAUCGGCAAUGGAGAGAUGGUAAUACGUCUGUCAGAAAACGCUUAUGUGUUUGAAGAUAUUCGUCCCUUCCAAAGGCUUCGUCUCCGAUCAAGAAAGGCCACUUUGAGCGAUUGUAUCUGUUUCCUUCGUCCCGGUAUCGAUGUUUGUGUUCACUACCUUCUCAAUGAAGAUGACUUGGAACCGGUUUGGGUGGACGCAAAGAUUGUUUCAAUAGAAAGGGAGCCUCAUGAAAACUCUGAAUGCUCUUGCAAGAUUCACGUCCGGAUUUACAUUGACCAGGGAUGCAUUGGAUCGGAGAGACAAAGGAUCAACAAAGAUUCGGUUGUCAUCGGUCUAAACCAAAUCUCCAUUCUCCAAAAGUUUUUCAAGGAACAAAGCACUGACCAGCACUACAGGUGGAGAUUCUCUGAGGACUGCACUUCACUGAUGAAAACGAGACUGUCCUUGGGGAAGUUCUUGCCGGAUCUUACGUGGCUGGUUGUUGCUUCCAUCAUGAAAAACGUUGCGUUUCACAUCAGAACAGUGCAGACCAAGAUUGUUUAUCAGAUUGUAACAGAUGAAGAAGAAGGCUCCAGCAGCUCUUUGAGCUCGAUGAAUAUCACAGAGGAAGACGGUGUCUCGUUAUCGAAAGUGGUUCAGUUUAGCCCUGUGGAGGAUGUAGCCGAGGAUUCUCAAGAUCUUGAGACAAAUCAAGAAACAGAGUCUUACCCUGAAGAAGAUGAGGUUAUGGAACUGCGUCGGUCCAAGAGAAGAUAUGUGACACCGGAUAGAUUCACCGGAUGUGAUUUUGAGCUAGAUACAGAUGACGGUUGGGUGAAGAUGAUGCCAUACCGGUAUGGGAAACUGCCUGUCGUUUGCAUGCAGAGUGAAGAAGACUCCGAAGAAGAAGAAGACAGCGAUGACGACGAUGAGGAGGAUGGUUAUGAUACUAAUGAAGAUUUGUACGUACCUUUAUCACAUUUGUUCAAGAGAAAAGGGACUAAUUCUCGAGAAGUGAUGCAAGAAAGUAGAAAACGCAAGAUUGUUUCGAUAGAGAAGAAGAGGAAGAAGAAGAGAGGAUGUGAAGUUGGUCAAAAACAGAGGAAAACAGAGCUUGUUGUUAUUCCUUUCACUCCGGUGUUUGAUCAUAUACCGUUGGAACAGUUUGGUCUCAAUGCUAACUCUUUGGGCGGUUGUGGAGGUUCUUCAAGAAACCAGUGCUUUGAUGAGAUCGAAAAGUACCGAAGCAAAACCUCGAGAUUCGGGAAGAAGAGGACAGAGAUUGAAGAGAUGAUGGAGUCUGAUCUAUGUUGGAAAGGUCCUAACACGAACAACUAUGUUCGAAACCGAAUAACAUCUCGAUCACCAUCAUCGAGGUCCGGUGCUGCUCGAAGAACUGGAGAUUCCGAGAAACCGCGGGUGUUUACGAAAGUGACGUUGAGUGCAGGUGCUUAUAACAAGCUGAUUGAUACGUAUAUGAACAACAUUGAUUCAACGAUUGCAUCCAGGGACCAGCCGACCAAUGUUGUUGACCAGUGGGAGGAGUUAAAGAAGAUGAACUUUGCAGAUAAAACAGACGGUGACAUGGAAGAAACCUUGAGUGAGGAUGAUGAUGAGAGAGAGACAGAGAUCGAUCUGUUAUGGAGAGAAUUUGCACUCUCCAUGGCUUCUUCUAUCAUCCUCGGCGACAAUGAGGUAAGAGUGGACAACAAGGCAUUCGUGAAAGCGAAGAGUGUUUGUGAACAUGAGUAUACGCUCAACGAAGAAAUCGGAAUGUGUUGUAGGUUAUGUGGUGUUGUAGGAACUGAGAUAAAGCAUUACUCUGCACCUUUUACGAAACAGAGGAAAUGGACUACAGAGAUUAAGCAGAUUGAAGAAGAUGACAUAAAGACUAACCUGAUCAGCCACAAAGAAUCCGAAACCGAAGAUGUCACUAUGUCAAGUGGUUCUUCCGAAAUGGUUGUAGCUGAGGAAAGUGACAAUGUCUGGGCAUUGAUACCACAGCUCAAGGGAAAGCUACAUGUGCAUCAACGACGAGCUUACGAGUUUCUCUGGAGAAACCUAGCAGGAUCUGUGGAGCCUGCGCUUAUGGAUCCCACUUCAGAUAAGAUAGGAGGUUGUGUGAUCUCUCAUUCUCCAGGAGCUGGUAAAACUUUCCUAAUGAUAGCUUUCCUCACAAGCUACCUGAAGCUGUUCCCCGGGAAGAGGCCUUUGAUUCUUGCUCCUAAAACAACUCUCUACACUUGGUACAAGGAGUUCAUCAAAUGGGAUAUACCGGUUCCGGUUCAUUUGAUCCACGGACGGAGAACCUUCUGUGUGUUCAGGAAGGACAACCCCGGCGCGGCGGCUCAGGUUCAGUUCAACGGAGUUCCAAAACCUAGCCAAGAUGUUAUGCAUGUUAUUGACUGCUUAGACAAGAUACAGAAAUGGCACGCGCAGCCGAGCGUUCUUGUAAUGGGUUACACCUCGUUCCUGACUCUGAUGAGGGACGACUCAAAGUUUGCUCACAGGAAAUACAUGGCUAAAGUGCUGAGAGAGAGCCCUGGCCUUCUUGUUCUUGACGAAGGACAUAACCCUAGGAGUACUAAAUCAAGAUUACGCAAGGCCUUGAUGAAAGUUGGUACCGAUCUAAGGGUGCUUCUCUCGGGCACUCUCUUCCAGAACAACUUCUGCGAGUACUUCAACACCUUGUGUUUGGCUAGACCAAAGUUUGUUCAGGAGGUUCUAAUGGAGUUAGACCAGAAGUUCAAGGCCAACCAAGGUGUGGAUAAAGCGGCUCACCUUGUCGAGAACAGAGCUCGUAAAUUCUUUCUUGAUGUCAUUGCAAAAAAGAUCGAUGCGGGUGUGGGAGAGGAACGUAUUCAAGGUCUCAAUAUGUUGAAGAACAUAACUAAUAGCUUCAUUGAUAACUACGAAGGAAUCGGAAGCGGAAGCGGUGAUCCUCUUCCCGGUCUACAGAUCUACACACUGUUGAUGAACUCGACCAAUGUACAACAGCAGAUGCUCACGAAGCUUGAGACAGCGAUGGCGAGUUAUCACGGGUUUCCACUAGAGCUCGAGCUUCUGGUCACAUUGGCAGCUAUACAUCCUUGGCUGGUUAAGUCCUCGACCUGUUGUACAAAGUUCUUCAACCCUCAAGAGCUUUUCGAGAUCGAGAAGCUUAAGCAUAACGAGAGGAGAGGAUCUAAGGUCAUGUUUGUGCUAAACCUCUUGUGCCGUGUGGUCCAUAGGGAGAAGAUCUUGAUUUUCUGCCACAACAUUGCACCCAUCCGUCUGUUUAUAGAUCUGUUUGAGAAGGUUUUCAAGUGGAAGAGAGGCGUAGAGAUCUUGACCUUAACCGGUGAUCUUGAGCUGUUCGAGAGAGGUACCGUGAUAGACAAGUUUGAAGACCCUAGAAAUCCGUCACGGGUCUUGCUAGCCUCGAUCACAGCUUGCGCUGAAGGGAUUUGUCUGACCGCUGCUUCUCGGGUCAUCAUGCUCGACUCGGAAUGGAACCCUUCAAAGACAAAGCAAGCGAUAGCUCGUGCGUUUAGACCGGGACAGCAGAAAGUUGUUUACGUUUAUCAGCUCUUGGCCAGAGGAUCGUUAGAGGAGGACAAGUACAAGAGGACGACAUGGAAAGAGUGGGUUUCGAGUAUGAUAUUCAGCGAGGAGUUCGUUGAGGAUCCGUCUCUAUGGCAAGCAGAGAAGAUAGAGGACGAUGUUCUUAGAGAGAUCGUUGCGGAAGAUAAAGUUAAAUCUUUCCAUAUGAUCAUGAAGAAUGAGAAGGCUUCAACAGGGUAUAAAACUAAAGAAUAA